AUAUAAAUCAUCUCUUUUCACCUAAUUGCUAUAGCAGCUAUCAAUCAUACCCUAAGGAGAUGUCUAAGCCCCAAGUAUUCCUCCAAUGCCUCCUGCUCCUCCUAUGUGCAGAGCUCUUCCAUUUCACACUUGCUGAUGUUGGCGUGGCAGCCCAAUACAGACCCCCAUAUCUACCCACAGCCUGUUCAGGAAACGAUCCAUCCCCGUUCCCAUCAAGCAACUUAUUUGCAGCAGCGGGGGAGGGAGCGUGGGACAAUGGAGCAGCUUGUGGGAGGCAAUACCGGGUUAGGUGCAUAAGCGCUCCAACUCCAGGGACAUGCAAAGCUGAUCAGACUAUUGUAGUGAAGAUUGUUGAUAGAGCCCAAACCUCUGUGUCUAGACCUUCUAGGGAUGGUGCCGCCCUCGUCCUUUCUACUACUGCAUUUGGGGCCAUUGCUAAUCCUUCUGCUGCUUGGGUUAACGUAGAGUUUGCCCAGGUUUGAAGGUUGCAAUGGAUGUUAAAGGCCUUAUACAUCUCAUGGGGUUGAUCGAGAGAGCUGGCUUCUCUUUCUCUUGAAUAUAUGUAUUAAUAUGUGGGAUGUUAAGUUUCCAAUUAGUUGAAUAAAAAUUGGAUCAACUUCCACUA